UACACCUGCAACUCUCCUCCUCACAGCAACACCUUCCCUCUCCUGAAGAGACUCACUGAAGCAGCCGACCUGAGCUCAAAGCUACGAACAAACGGAGACAUGGCCUCUCGAAUUGCACUUCUCCUCUUGCUGGGUGCCGUCUGUGUUGGGUUUACAGCAGCUCAAACUGUGGAGGACUGCUGUCUGGUGGUCAGCACGAAGCCCGUGCCGCUCAAACUCAUUGAAAACUACAUCAUUCUGGAAGCUGGGAAUGGCUGCGAUAUCAGCGCUACUGUGUUCAUUACAAAGGCUGGACGGAAACUGUGCGUCUCCCACCCCGACGAUAGACCAUGGGUGAAAAGUCACAUCAAUUAUCUGAAGGCGAAAAAAACUCAAUAAAUCAGGUGUAGAGAGGAGGGGACUCUGGAAAGAGAUGGCUGAAGAAGAUCAAGAAAGACUGACUCUAAACCGAGAGCGACAGAACGGCCACGAUGUACUGUAGAAGAUCAUUGAGGAAUGAUCUUAUUUAUGCUGAUGAAAAACAAAAUGUACAGUUAUGUAUGUGUUACUGCUCAUUUGUGGUGACUGUGGUGUAAAACUUUGUGAAUGGCUCUUUUUUCUCUUCCCUUUUUAUUAUCCUGUUGUUAAAAUGUAUUAUAGAAAUAGAGAGAUUUGCCUUGUCGUGCCUAAAGCGUAAUGUCUGGAAC